GGUCCUACUUUCAAUCCGAUCAAGAGAACAUGACGAUGUCGUUGGUAUUGUGACCACAGCCUUGUAAACCUCGAUAACCUUCUUAGAAAACCAUACUAUCCGAUCCAUUCGAGUCAACAUAGAAAUACGAUUCAGCGUCCAUUGAUACGCGCACAGGUACAUUCAUURUGAUUCCGUCAAAAAUGAAAGAAACACAUCGUGGUCGCUGUCGCAACCUCCGGCAUCGACCACRACGGAUUCUACAGUCCGGCGUUGAUUCUGCAUGYACCACGCCAUUGCCGAUAAAAGUAUGGAUUGSCUCGAUUGCAAUGUUCGCAUUMGCAGCGACAGGCACCAGYAGGUUUUUUGCAUCGUCGUUUUCACCAAUGCCGAAUACGAAUGCUGCAAGUGUUCRAAAUGAUAUCAGCAACGACAAUGAGAAAUYACCAAAUACAAGAAGUCGUUGGGUGGCUGCGACGCCAACGCCAACAGGAGAUGCUAGGAUGACAAUACCGCUCAAUAUGGCGUCACCCUCGUCGAACUCGGAUCUCGGCGCACCUAUAUGUGUGUACCACCAAGUGGAUGUUCCGUCAAGCGAAACAAAUCCGGUGCCGCGCCAAGCAAUAUCUGUCGAAGAUCUAACCCCAACGCUCCAAGCGUUGCUGGAAGAAUCGGGAAUGAUGAACGGACUGUUGACUGUAAUCAGUCGCCAUACGACCACGAGCCUCACCAUCAAUGAGUGGGAAUCACGACUAGCAGACGACAUCUCAGAGACCUUGUUGAAAUUGGUUCCCCCCGACGAGCGGAGCAUCUCUCCRGCGUCCCAGAAAGACGUAACCUACAAACACAACGAUAUCGAUCUUCGUCCCUUUGGGGACUGCAGCGACGAAGAAAGCUACAAUAUUGAUAGCGAAGAAGCCAAUCGGUGCCGAGAAAACGGGUGGGACGUUGACGAUCCAGAUCAACUGCAAGCAUGGAGAGACCAGGAACCAAUCAACGCACACUCUCACCUGCUGAGCAUAUUGGCGGGGUCGGCUAGCGAGUCUAUACCAGUUGUAGAUGGGAAGAUGGUUUUGGGACAGUGGCAAAGCGUCUUGCUCUUGGAUUUGGAUGGACCUCGAGAUAGAACCGUGGGUGUGCAAUUGAUGGGAUACUCAUAAUUACUCCUAGUCCUUGUGAUUGAUCCCAAUGCUGCAGGAGUGGGCAGUCCAUAGCGAUAGACUAGGAAAAAAGUUCAACAGAAGGACGCCAUUAUUGUCUCUCAGUAGAUGCUUGAAAAUUAUAGCUACGCAAAAAAUGAUGAAGAAAGAAUAACAGAAUGUUGUCUCGCUAGAAUUUGAUUUGUGUGGGUGUGWUGUAUCAACCCAGUCUGUACUCUUUAUGCCGUACGUUCCCUAAAUGUCCACUUCGGACCAGUCGACAGAAUUGAAUAACUUUCAUUGUGAAAAAGAUUGAUAAUCGCAAACAAAAUACUACGAGUUUCAUAACAAUUGAAACCGGACUCCGCCAGAGAGCAAAAAGUAUUGAUAGGAAGUUUUAAACUUCAAUUUGAAGUUAUGAACUUUUGCUCGUACAUGAUGUACCAGGAGAGGGCCCGAAUGAAGAAUUUUCAGUUUUCGCGCGAUUGCGCACAAUUUUUUAACGGAGUUCCUUCAAAAUAAMGGUCAUUUCUUCAAUCGAAUGGUUCUUUAGGAUGGGGGUUAUCAAGGCCAUAUUCUUUGGAGUUUCCCAUCCAGUAGGAUUUUAUUAUCGGCGAAGUCAUUUUUAUUAAUGACUUAAUAAAAUUUUAUUAUUG